UUAAACUUAUUCCAUUUUGCUUUCUUGGUUUGUCCAGCCAGACCUAAUGAUAUUUAUGUAUUACGAGUGUAUCAUAAUAAUAUAUGGUUUGCAUGUGUCAAAAGAUAAAAUAAAUACACGCUCUAGGCGCAAUUUCCUCAUUAGCAUUUUAGCUGCGAAAACCCAGAGAAUAGAAUUAAGUGGUAUUGUCAAUAGUGUGAAGUUAAAUGAAUUACUCACAAGUAAAUUGACAUUAAGCCAAACAUCGUAAUCUCAGAAUUCUUUCGUGCACUCUGAAUUACUGGAGUCUGCUCAUACACAUGUUUAUUCCAAAGUUAAUUUCACAAGGAAUUAGUCAAAAUCUAAAACUACGCGUAAUGUGUCGUUCUGUGCCAUAAAGUGUUGUAUGUAUGUACAUAAAACAGUUAAUAACAAGUUUUAUCGCACUUUUAAAACGCCAGCAUUUUAACGGAAAAAUAUAUUUCAAUCCGGAAUGACGUAUUGUAAAUAUAUUCAUAAUUUAUGGAAUUCUGUGCUACAGUAAUACCAAUGCAGACUAGUAAUCCAUUGCAAGUAUUGACUUUUGAUUUGGGAAUCACUGGGACUCGUUGAUCCGUUUGCACACGAUACUUGUGACAGGAACAACAAAAAACACGUUACUUUAUUGCAUUUGUAUUUAAGCUGGAAAACUUGUGUGCAGUGCACGUAUUUCAUUGAAGUUUGUGGUACAAGUAAUACUCACUUAUCUCUCAUUCAAUUGUAGACUUUAAUGGGUAGUGGAAUCAAUUAAGUACUUGCAUACAGAGAUCAAAUUAAUCAGUCAUUCGUGAUACUGAUCUGUCUUAAUUUUGGGCUGCAGUUAUGCAGACCUGAUACAAAUUAAUUAAUCACAAGUCUCAACUUGCCUCCCAAGCAGCCAAGAACGUACACCUGUUACUCCUGCGACUCCACUAUCCUCUCUCUACCUGCAACUGGCUGCAACCCAAUAUUCGUUCAAGUGACACUUCUCACUUUGUAAAAGUGAAAAGUGAGACAAUGCAAGACAAAAACGAAGUUCAAGUCACUAUAAAUUCCUUCCAAAAGGAUCACACAAAAGAAAAGAAAUCUAAACUAAGAAAAGCGAACAAAGGAAACAGAGUCCGGUUGAUAUGCAUGCUUAUCUUAACAUUUGGAUAUUUCCUGGUUGAAAUCGUCGUGGGAUAUAUGACGGGCUCUGUGGCAUUGGUUGCAGACAGCUUCCACAUGCUGAGUGAUGUUAUUUCUCUGGUCAUCGCUUUCAUCGCCGUAAGAAUGAGUCCAAAAAAAUGGAAUCAAAACACAUUUGGCUGGGCAAGGGCAGAAGUUCUUGGCGCCUUGGUCAAUGCCGUUUUUCUGGUUGCUCUUUGCUUCACAAUUGUGGCGGAAUCACUGGAAAGGUUCAUCAACAUAAAGGACAUAGAAGACCCGAAAUUAAUUUUAGUGGUAGGAUCGGUCGGUCUAGGAGUCAAUUUAAUAGGCUUGGUGCUUUUCCAUGAGCACGGACACUCUCAUGGUGGAGGGGGAGGAGGUCAUGGUCACUCACAUGACAAAAAAAGUCACCAUUCUCACAAACAACACACUUCUAAUUUGCCUGAUUCAACUUUGGAGCACGAGCACAAAACGGAACCUGUUGACCUCGUGAAUUGGACGUCACUUCCGCCUUCAGAUAUUUCAAAUCCUUCAAAGUGUAGUAGUGAGAAUCCUGGAACACAACUUGGAGAGAUACCAAAGUCAUCUUCUGCUACGCAAAUGAACAUGCAUGGAGUGUUUCUACACGUGUUAGCUGAUGCCUUAGGUUCAGUAAUCGUUAUCGUCUCAUCUUUGGUGAUCUGGUUAACGGAGUGGGAAUACCGGAUGUAUGUAGACCCUUUGCUAAGCCUUCUCAUGGUGAUACUGAUAGUUUGCUCGGUGUGGCCCUUAUUCGUCGAAUCUUCAAUGGUGCUUUUGCAAACUGUCCCAACUCAUAUUCAAAUCGAUGAGCUAAAAAAUAAGCUACUUUCAAAAGUUCGUGGGGCACAUGAAGUUCACGAGUUCCACAUUUGGCAACUCUCUGGAAAUAGAAUCAUAGCCUCAGCCCACAUCUUAUGCAACAGUCAGGCCGACUUUAUGCGAAUUGGCGAAGAGGUUAAGGAAUUCUUCCAUAAUGAAGGCAUCCAUUCGACUACAAUCCAACUGGAAUUCGCAAAUUCACACAAUGGUUCUCAAGUGGUGUCCGGAGACAGCGGCUCAGAUUCAGAUAUUCAGGGAGACUGUGACAGUGACACGAGAUCGGACUGCUUCCUCACAUGUCCUUUCGAUGAUGAAGAUGCAGAAUGUGUCAACAAUAGUUGCUGUCGGGUCCAGAAAAGAAAAAAUAUAGUUGUGAGCACUGCAAGUAGCAACGCCUGUGAAAAUAACGUAGCACUUCCAAUUUCAUUCAAUUCUAAUUUAGGAUAUGUUGAGUCUGACGAUGAAAGUGUUUCAACUCGAUCUCCAAACGUAAAAUCUGACUAGCGUUGUAUGUAAAUAUGUAUUUUGCGCGUUAUUUUUUAAUUGUUUAUAUUUCUUGCGAAAAUCUAUUUACGAGGCAUCACAACAUGACCCCUGAUAACAAACAUUAUUGUUUAACAAAAUAUUGUGUUGUGUGUACAAAUAAAUACAUUUACUUAGCUCUCAUAUUGUAUUUAUUACAAAAUAACAAUAAAAUUCAGUAAAAUAACUCACAA